UUUUAUUGUCGGUCCCUUACAUUCUGUACAUUGAACGUGGUCGUGUACCAAUAAAAAGUCUUGUUUCGUCUUUGUUUGCUCAUUUUUUUUAAUAAAACAAAAAUACGUACAGCCGAAUGCAUAUGUGCAAACAAUAAACAAGGUUGACACUUGUAUUUCAACGGAAUUGCAAAAAGACGUAGGAAUUUAAGAAUAAACUCGCUUUUUAAAAAAUAGAUAGAACAUUCAAACGUAAUAUACAAUACAAAAAAGAGGCUUAGAACCAAAACAAUGAAUUUGGAACAUAGAUCAUUGAUUGAUUGGUUGAUUGCUUAAUAUAAUGCGAACAAAAGUCUUGCAACUUAAAUAAAGCAAGAAUAAUUGGGAACUUCACAUUUGCAUGAUCCAUAUUGUGAUGAAUAAAAUAUAUUUAUUUUUUUCAUCGUUAUCAUCAUCUUAUAUCCAUUUUUCUGAUUCAACGACAAACGCAUCAGUUGAACCUAUUUGAAUGAAAAAAUUAUAGCAGAGCAUUGAAGAACCAAUGCCAAGAGUCAACAUCAACAACACAUACACAGUCAAACCAAAAAACCUGUCAAACGGCGAACUGUCAAAGUCUCUCUCUUCACGUGUAUUGUGUUAUUCGGAAAUUGCAAAAGCGUAAUGUGGUCGUUUCAAUGAGGUAGAAAUAGAACGAUGGAUAUUCAGUUUUCGAAAAACAAACAAGAAAAAAAUAAGUUUGAAUUGCAAUAAUCGUAUUAAAAUAAUGUCAUUAUUUAAGAAAAAUGCCUGAAAUAAAUAACAUUUUCAUUGACGACCCGAAACGUCUACGGGAUCCAAUCAAAACGAUAGAGGACAAAUGGAAAUUGGUACCGGCUUUUUUGCAAGUGAAGGGUCUCGUGAAGCAGCACAUCGACUCAUUCAACUAUUUCGUGAAUGUUGACAUAAAAAAUAUCGUAAAAGCUAACGAUAAAGUACUUAGCGAUGUCGAUCCAGCCUUCUAUUUGAAGUAUUUGAAUGUUUACGUUGGAAAGCCGGACGUCGAAGAUGGUUUCAAUAUAACGAAGAAUACGACACCGCAUGAGUGUCGAUUAAGAGAUAUGACCUAUUCAGCCCCAAUAACCGUUGAUAUUGAAUAUACUCGAGGACAGCAAAGAGUUGUGCGGAACAAUCUGCUAAUUGGUCGUAUGCCGAUUAUGCUGCGCUCAUCGAUGUGUGUACUUUCAAAUAAAUCAGAGUAUGAAAUGUCGCAGCUCAACGAAUGUCCACAUGAUCCAGGCGGGUAUUUUGUUGUUCGCGGCCAGGAGAAAGUGAUUUUGAUUCAAGAACAAAUGUCACACAACAAAAUGAUAACAGAGGAUUACAAUGGUGUGAUGCAGUGCAUUGUGACGAGUUCGACGCACGAAAAGAAGUCAAGAACGAUCGUUUUAAGCCGCGGUGGCAAGUAUUAUCUACGUCACAAUUCAAUGACAGACGAUAUUCCGAUUGCCAUAAUUUUCAAGGCGAUGGGUUUGACUUCAGACCAAGAGAUCAUGCAGUACAUUGGGACCGAUGAGUACACACAAAAUCGAUUCGGUCCAUCGCUACUCGAUGUUGUGAACAAUAAAAUUUACACUCAACAGCGUGCAUUGGAGUUCAUGGGAUCGAAAUUAAUAGCCAAAAGGUUUACGACAGCAGCCACAAAACAUCUAACACCGCCGGAUGAGGCAAGAGAGCUGCUCGCAUCAACGAUUUUAGCGCAUGUCCCCGUUGAAAGUUACAGUUUCAAAAUCAAAGCGAUUUACGUGGCAUUGAUGGUGCGUCGUAUUAUGGCUGCCGAAGUAAAUGAAGCCGCUGUCGACGAUCGAGAUUACUACGGUAACAAGCGGCUUGAAUUGGCCGGAUCGUUGCUCUCUCUGAUGUUUGAAGAUUUAUUCAAACGCUUCAAUUGGGAGCUGAAAACGAUCGCCGAUAAGAAUAUCCCCAAAAUUAAAGCAGCCCAAUUCGAUAUUGUGAAGCACAUGCGUGCCGCUCAAAUCACCGCCGGAUUGGAAUCGGCUAUUUCAACGGGAAAUUGGACAAUCAAACGUUUCAAAAUGGAACGAGCUGGAGUCACACAAGUCUUGUCACGAUUGAGUUAUAUUUCUGCACUGGGAAUGAUGACCCGGGUAAAUUCUCAAUUCGAAAAAUCGCGAAAAGUGUCGGGACCACGUUCACUUCAGCCGAGUCAAUGGGGUAUGCUUUGUCCAUCGGACACGCCAGAAGGUGAAGCUUGUGGUUUAGUCAAAAAUUUAGCGUUGAUGACACAUAUCACAACGGACGUUGACCAAGAGCCCGUCAUUCGGUUGGCUUUCAAUUCAGGCGUUGAAGACAUUCGUCUGCUGAGCGGAGAAAGCAUCAACAAUAAUCGAGUCAUGAUGGUUUUUAUAAACGGUAACAUACUCGGUAUUACGAUCUGUUAUCAACGGUUGAUUCAAGUUUUCCGAAUGAUGCGCCGAAGAGGAUACAUCGGCAGUUUUGUAUCCAUUCACACGAAUCACUUGCAGCGCUGCGUUUAUAUUCACACCGAUGGUGGUCGUUUGUGCCGGCCGUAUGUUAUUGUAGAAAAAGGUGUACCUCUGGUUAAAAAGCGUCACAUUGACGAGCUAAAUGAAGGUGUGCGCAAGUUUGAUGAUUUUCUGGCCGAUGGUCUCAUUGAAUAUCUCGAUGUGAAUGAAGAGAAUGAUUCAUUUAUCGCGACAAGAGAAAGCGACAUUGUCCCAGAGAAAACAACUCACUUGGAAGUUGAGCCGUUUACUUUACUCGGAGUUUGUGCUGGAUUGGUUCCAUAUCCUCAUCACAAUCAGAGUCCACGAAACACAUAUCAAUGUGCUAUGGGUAAACAGGCCAUGGGUAUUAUUGGUUACAAUCAGAAAAAUCGGAUUGAUACUCUAAUGUAUAAUAUCGUCUAUCCUCAGACGCCGAUGGUUCGUUCAAAAACAAUCGAGUUAACGCACUUUGAUAAGCUGCCGGCCGGCCAAAAUGCCACCGUUGCUGUGAUGAGUUAUUCAGGAUACGAUAUCGAGGAUGCGCUCAUUUUGAAUAAGGCGUCGAUAAACCGUGGCUACGGUCGGUGUCUAGUGUACAAGAACACGAAAUGUACUGUUAAGCGGUACACAAAUCAGACUUAUGAUCGAAUUAUGGGGCCGUCGAAGGAUGCAGCCACAAACAAAGUAAUUUUUAGACACGAAGCAUUAGAUAGUGAUGGGAUUGUAUCGCCGGGUGAGAUGGUUCAAAACAAACAGACAAUGAUCAAUAAAGAAAUGCCAUCGGUAACUUCAAUCAAUCCUGUCGAACAAAAGGAGCCGGGCAUUCAAAAUGUUACAUUUUCAUCUGUUCCAAUCACUUACAAAGGCACUGAACCAAGUUACAUCGAAAAAGUUUUAGUGACUGCGAAUGCCGACGAGGAUUUCCUAAUCAAAAUUCUAUUGAGACAGACUCGUUGCCCGGAAAUUGGUGACAAGUUUAGUUCACGGCACGGACAAAAAGGAGUAACUGGAUUGAUCGUUGAGCAAGAAGAUUUGCCUUUCAACGACUUCGGCAUAUCACCGGAUAUGGUAAUGAACCCUCACGGUUUUCCAUCUCGUAUGACAGUGGGAAAAUUGCUUGAGUUGCUUGGCGGAAAGGCUGGUCUUCUGGAGGGCAAAUUCCAUUACGGCACUGCUUUCGGUGGAUCAAAAUGUUCAGACAUCCAAGACGAACUGUUCAAGCAUGGCUACAAUUACAUGGGAAAAGACGUCUUCUACUCGGGCAUCACGGGCGAACCACUCGAAAUGUACAUUUAUUCAGGACCGGUUUACUAUCAGAAAUUGAAACACAUGGUGCAAGACAAAAUGCAUGCUCGUGCAAGAGGACCAAGAGCAGUUUUGACUCGGCAACCGACACAAGGAAGGAGUCGUGAAGGUGGACUACGUCUCGGCGAAAUGGAACGAGAUUGCUUGAUCUCAUAUGGAGCUAGUAUGUUGAUUAUGGAGCGAUUGAUGAUUUCGUCUGAUGCAUUCGAUGUGGAUGUUUGCAAUACCUGUGGUCGAUUGGCAUACAGUUCGUGGUGCCAUAACUGUAAAUCGUCAGCCAGUGUCUCGAAAAUAUCCAUGCCAUACGCCUGCAAACUCUUAUUCCAAGAAUUGACCAGCAUGAAUGUUAUACCACGUCUUACUCUGAAGAGUGAAAUUUUGCCUUGAAUCGUUAACGAUUUGAAACGUACAAACUAUUACAUUUUUAUACCGAAAAAUAAAAUAAAAAUAAACAAUCAGAGCUGAUAAGAGCAAA